AUGAGGAAAUGGAGGCACAGACUAGAAUUUGUCUUUGGACUUGAACGGAUCCCCUUUGCUGUGGUCGGGGCUGACCGAGAGCACAUGGUGAAUGGGAGGUGUGUCCUGGGCCGGAAAACGAAGUGGGGCAUCAUUGAAGUGGAGAACAUUAAGCACUGUGAGUUUCCACUCCUGAGAGAUCUGCUGAUCCGCUCCCACAUGCAAGACCUGAAGGACAUCACCCACAACGUGCACUAUGAGAACUAUCGCGUCUUCAGACUCAACGAGAGCCACUUGCUGCCCCGAGGGCCCGGCUGGGUGAACCUGGCCGAGGCCCCGGCCAGAUCCCCAGUCCUCCCUGGGCCCUCAAAAUCCCGCAGGCGGGUCCAGGAAGACUCGGAGGAGGAAUACUGA